AUGGUUGGAACACGCUCAACCCGCAGCAAGGGCAAGGAGCCCACCCGGGAACCUCUACGAGAACGCAGCCUGUCAUACGAUGACCCAAACGCACUCGGCGAAGCAGGAGAAAACCAGGCAGCGCGACAAGAAACCGGCAAACUCAGUAUCGGAGCAAAAGACAUCGCCCGCUAUCUCGAAAUAAACCGCUCCAUCGACUGGAACGAGAAUACCGGUCCGCAGAGCGUAGGUGCCGGAAAGCAACGCACUGCGUCCGUGCUGCAGCGCCGUGGAGACGUAUCGCAGCCAGCCUGUUCGCGGUGUGAGCAGGGAAAUAGGGUAUUUGGCUCAUGUGUUGCGGCUCCCGUUAUCAGUGGCUAUGCUUUCCAGCGGGGUGCGUGUGCGAAUUGUAUCUGGGAUGGAAAGGAGAGGUCUUGUUCGCUUAAGGGGGAGAAUAUGCCGUUGGAUUCGACUUCAAUUCUUCAGUUUACAGGAGAAGGAUUCAACCUCCGUGAGGCGAUUCGCGAAGAGGCGUGGAUUGAUGGUGAUGACAGCCAGCUUGAGCCGUCAGCGCCGAUGGAGAUGGAGGUGUAUGUUGACCCUGAGAAUGAAGCUGACGCACCAGAGGUUAGCAGUGACAAGGACGAGAAGGCUACCAGCGACAAGAACGACGACAAGGCUAGUAGCGACAAGGAGAAUGUCGAUAUCGCGACAUUCCUUGCAGAGAUCAAGCCUGAUAGCUCGUUUGCUCGCAUUGGAAUAUCGCAGCAUGGCCCCCGGUGUCGCUUUGAUGGCGUCGAGCUGAAGUUUCCGAUCUCGCGAGAGAUUUGGGAGAGCGAAAGACGUCUUUUGAAAGCUCGAUCGGAUCUCGCUCACUUUGUUGCAAUUAUCGAUGCUCGUCUUUUCGAUAUGGGACAUGGGAGAAGUGAUGCUGUGUUUUGGGAGAGGGAGGCGCGCCGUUUGACCAGGCUGUUCGCAACUGGUAUAAGGAGAACAAGGGGUAGACCAGCUUCAUCUCGACGUCCUUCUUUGACGCCGCCUCCUAGAAUUGUGGUUUCUGAGGCUAUCACUCCUUCGUCUCAACUGAUGCCUGAUCCAACACCCCAGACUGAACCUCAGAGCACCGGUGAGACCAUUCAAGCCCUGACUGAACCACCGCAGUCUCUUUUGCCCUCUACCAACACAGAAGCUACCAGGUCAGAAGCCAAGCAGCACACCCCACCAACAAUAGCCACCAGCUCUCGCGAUCGGCGUGUCUGGGACAGACCUCAGACCCCCGAAAGCAAGCACAACGACAAGGAGAGACCUGAGUUUGGACCCGUACACGUACAAGAGGUCUUCGAGAACCUUCAUGAUACCAUUGAACAGUUUACAGCUGUUAUGGGAGGACCUCCUAAAGCUCCAGCUGAAGAGCCUGCACCGACAUGUGUGGAUCCUGAUGAAGAGGAGAGAGAAAGCUGUAAGCAAUCGGCGGAUCCAGCGCCAGCUCCAGCUCCGACUGAGCCUGUGCGUGCGAACUUCACUGAUCAUGAAGAAAGGGCUGCUACUGAGCUUAGGAGACCUUUCUGGACUUUGAGGAGGCCUCGACCGAAGGACCUUGACGAGGGCCCACCGCCAAUAGUGUCGAAGCGCUUUCGUAGUGAGAGACAUGGUGACAGGGCUAGUGAAUAG